AUGGGCAACAGCAGCUGCCAGUCAUGCUCAGUGGCAGACUGUGACAAAGGCUCGCGGCCAUGCUCGGCACCCGUGAUCCCGAGCAAGCCCGCUGUAAGCCAGGCCUCAUCGCCAAGCUUGACCUGGGACUUCAACCCGCUUGGUCUCGACUCGGCGACACUGCAACAUUUCGCUGACAAGCUCUUGUCCCCAAGCUUCACCGGCAGCGGCGGACGAAAGGAAGAGGUGCUGCAGAACUUCGUCAUGAGUGUAUCAACUGCUUACCGGCAAGUGGCUUUCCAUAACUUUAUGCAUGCCGUCGACACUCUGCAAGCGAUGCGUUGGCAAUGCAGUCAGGCGCCGUGGGACACGAACCUGCAACACUUCCAGCGAUUCGCACUUGUCAUGGCUGCAUUUGUCGUUGACAUUGGCCACCCUGGCUUUGAUAAUGCUUUCCUUGUAGACUCGGGCGAUCCCAUUGCCUCAUGCUACAACGAUUUGUCUCCACUGGAGAACAUGCACAGCAGCAAGCUUUUUGAGAUUCUGAAGAAGGAUGGACACAAUGUUCUUGGACACAUUCCCAGUGAGGAGUUCCGCGAGAUGCGAAAGCUCAUGAUCGACCUCCUUCUCCAUACAGACAAGUACUGUUAUCGAGACGUGGUUGACGAUGUGCGCAUCCUCGCACGACAAGGUUAUGCGCCAAAGAGUGCAGAUCAUUCCUCUGAAGAAGGCGCCGCAAUCUUGCAGGUGGUGAUGCGUGCAAUGAUGCUGACCGCAGACCUUUCUAACCAAGCCAGGUCACUAGAUGCAGCCAAUGAUUGGGCCUCCAUGCUACAGCAAGAGCUAGGCCUCCAGGACGAGCAAGAGAGGGAGCUUGGCCUCCAGGUGUUGCCGUUGAAUCGGUGGAAGCCCGCGCUAGGCGACCUGCAACUCCAUCUGGGCAUGACGCGCUCUGGGCCUCUUCUUGGAGCUUGGCUUCGGGUCUUCCCUGCCCUGGCACCAGCUACGAUGCAGCUCUCCCAAAACUCCAAGAGCUGGGCAGAAGCGUGUAUGACUCAAAACGAGGUGGAAGGCACACCUGGAGCAGACGAGCGAGCAAAAAAGCUGGAGGCCAUGCUUGACCCAGCGCGCCCAAUCCCUGCACUUGGUGAGGCUGGCAAAGGACACGAUCGGUUCGGAUACUUGGCUGCUGCGAGACCGUACAUUGGAAGGCAGCAGAUACCGCCAUCGACCUUGAGCACCAUGAGCCUCGGCAGCGGCAGUCCCACCAUGUCCCAACCUACAGAGACUGCGACCUCGAGUACAAACCAACAGCCUCCUCCGCUGGUUCGCGAGGUCCGACGUUGGAAGGAGGGCAAGGGCAUCGCAGCAAACAAGGAGUUCUCCUCGUCAAGCAAGGGCAGAGAGCUGGUGUUGCUGUACGUUCUCGCAGACCCCAACAGUAGUGGGAAGCCACUGCCAUUUCAGUUUGUUGACCGAAAUAGCGCUUCGUUGUCGGAGUCUGCUGCUGCGGACGUGGCCGUUGCGAAGGGAAUGCGAGCGGCAUCAGAUGACGUGCAGUAUGAUCGUAAACGUCGGAUGAGCUGCUUCGAUGGAUCACCUGGAGGACAGGUCUUUCAAACUCAACGAUCAGCUGAUGCCGUUAGCACCGUUGUGGAGCCUGGUCGAUUUGAUGAUGUUUUGUCCUCACUUCUUCAUGGCAACAUCGUCAUUCCCCACUCAGAUCACGGAACAAGUAGCAGUCCGAUGAUGCCACUUCAUCCUGGUCGUGCCUCGCGAACUUCCCAAGUCGUUUCAGAAAUCUCGGCAGCAACACGUGACCGUGCUAUGAUGGCCGCAUCAGUGUUUGGUGUGCUACUCCGAGGGGACCACUCCAAUGUCUGA